UGCAUGUUGUCUGUCUGUGCUCGGGGGCUGCCGCCGCGUCUGGGAAAACGAGCGCCGCCCGGGUAUUUCCCGUCGUGAGACUUGCCCCGGCUUCUCCCUUCGCGUGACCCGCCCGGACCUCGUCAUGGCCGUUACCAUCACCCUCAAGACCCUGCAACAGCAGACAUUCAAGAUCCGGAUGGAGCCGGAGGAAACGGUGAAGGUGCUGAAGGAGAAGAUUGAGGCGGAGAAAGGCCAGGACGCAUUCCCUGUGGCUGGUCAGAAGCUUAUCUAUGCCGGCAAGAUUCUCAAUGACGACACCCCCAUCCGGGACUACAAGAUCGACGAGAAGAACUUCGUGGUGGUCAUGGUGACCAAGACUAAAUCGGGGCUAGGCACCUCGGUACCCCCAGAGACCGCGCCUGCCUCAGAGCCUUCGGUGUCCGCCCCGGCGGCCUCCAUCGUGGCCAUGCCCUUGACCCCAUCGAGUCCCAAAGAAGAAAGGCCGACGGCAGAUAAUCCGACCAGCCUGCCACCUCCCGAAACUGUGACUGGCUCUGUUCCCUCUUCAGGUAGCAUCGGGCGGGAGGAUGACGCGGCCUCCACAUUAGUGACUGGCUCGGAGUACGAGACGAUGCUCACCGAGAUCAUGUCGAUGGGCUACGAGCAAGAGCAGGUGGUGGCCGCGCUGCGGGCCAGUUUCAAUAACCCCCACCGGGCCGUGGAGUAUCUGCUGAUGGGCAUUCCUGGCAGCCCGGAGCCAGAGGGUGGUCCCAUUCAGGAGAGCCAGUCCAAUGAGCAAGCUGCUGUGGAAGGAGCCGCCUCGCCCUUAGCACAGCACUCAUUGGAGCCAUCCCCCGUAGGGGAGAACCCACUGGAGUUUCUGCGAGACCAGCCGCAGUUCCAGAAUAUGCGACAAGUGAUCCAGCAGAACCCAGCCCUGCUGCCCGCCCUGCUUCAGCAGCUGGGCCAAGAGAACCCCCAUCUCUUGCAGCAAAUAAGCCUUCACCAGGAACAAUUCAUCCAGAUGCUGAACGAGCCAUCAGGGGAGCUGGGCGAUAUGUCUGACAUAGAGGGGGAGAUUGGAGCCAUUGGUGACGAGCCCACCCAGAUGAGCUACAUCCAGGUCACUCCACAGGAAAAAGAAGCCAUAGAGAGGUUGAAGGCCCUGGGAUUUCCCGAGAGCCUGGUGAUCCAGGCUUACUUUGCUUGCGAGAAGAAUGAAAACUUGGCUGCAAACUUCCUCUUGAGUCAGAACUUUGAUGAUGAGUAAUUAAAGGAAAGGAACCCACCAACUCACCACCAACAAAAGUUUUAUAUAAGAAAAUAUAUAUAUUCAUGUUUAUUUAAGAAGUGGAAAAAAGAGAAAACUUGUAAAAAAAAAAAAAAAAGACAAAAAAACAACAAAAAAACCCAACAAACCAAAAACUCACCCCUGGUUUUUCUCCCCACCUCCUGGUUUUUCUCCCCCCCUCCCUUCCACCUGAGCCUAGGGCAGCUGGAGGGGAAAAUGCAAUUGAAACCCCCUCCUGGGGGUGAAGUGGAGAGGAGUGUGAGUGUGUGUGUGUGUGUGUGUGUGUGUGUGUGAGUGUGUGUGUCUCCAUACGCGCACACAUGCACACGCACAAGACUGGAGGAGGCAGAUGGAUUCUUGUUGGCCUCUGGCCCAGCUCAUUGCUGCCAGAUGGAGCUGUGUGCUGUCCCAGCCCCAGGCACAGAGCAGAUUUUUCCUCUCUGUGGGAUCCGCUGCCUCUCUUCUUAGUGGGUGAGGGGUGGCUUCCCGGUUUGGGGCAAGGAGUGUGAGCCCCAGUGGCCCUCUCCUUAGCCCCUUCCCUUCCUCAGAGCUGCUGUAAUUUGGAAGCCAGCCUCAAUUUAUUUUUACUCGGAAUGAAAUGUUCCCAAUACCAUCAUGGAGUUGGAGGAAUGUUAGAGCCAGGAGAUCCAGCAUCUCCCCACUUCCUCCUCCUCCUCCUCCUCUUCCUCCUCCUGCAUGCCCCAGUGCCAGCAAGCAGCCCUUGUUAUCAUCUGCCCAUUUCUCCCUUUCACCCCCGCCAAAAAACAGCAAAAAAAUAAAAAACAAAAAAAAACCCCACAAAGAACAAAAAACAAACCAACAAAAAUCACCUGGGUGCUCUAGGAGUCGUUAUGGCUCUGGGUUCAAAAGAGUAAAAAUACACAGAGCCCCUGAGACAGUCAUAGAGUGAGUGGAGGACGGGAAAAGUUUUACUUCUUGUAUACACCGAAGCGCUUAAUACAGUGCUUCCCACUUAGUAGGUGCUCAAUAUGUAAGCCCAGGUUGAGGAGAAGGGGUGGGGCGGAGUUGAGGCAGGGAACAGGCUCAAAUCAGAGAGCAGUCAGUAAUGACAUCUUGCCCGAUUUAGGCUCCUGUUUCCCAGCCUAAACGGGCAGGAGGUCCGUGAAGAAAGUUUUCAAUUAGACCCUUGGCCUUUGCCUGCUGUCUCUCCAUGGGCAAGGCUCCUCACUCCUAAAACAGGUCCGAUACCUGCCCUCCCUACCUCGUGAGACGUGAGUUCCAAACAGGACAGGGACUUCGAUACCGUUUUGUUGUACCCAUCCCAGCACUUAAGAUGUAGUUAUGGCAUUUUAUUGAGUGCUAGGUGGAGAAAGCAGCUGACCUUUCUGCCCCCUGCCACUGGGUCCAAUCCCAACACAGUAUUAACGUUUCUUCCUUGCUUGGAGUUGGCCUUUUCUUGGUUUGGCCCUAGUGGUGCAAGCCUUGCAGCACUCUUCUCCCUCUUCCCUCCCUUCCCCCUCCCCUCCGUAAUCUCUAUUUCUGCCUUUCCUCUGGGCACCGGCCCCAAAUCUGCAAUGCUUUGUGGGGGGGGGUGGGGGGAGACAAUCUAUUUCACCAGACAUUACAGUGAAAUCUGGGGGAACAAAAAACAAACCCCAUGGAACUCAAACCCCAGAGUGCGAACAUAAUGUAGAAGCUGUUCACAGCCCCAGAGCACUAGUUCCCAUCCAUCUCUGAGCAGAAACAUAUCUUGUUGAUAAAGGUUUUGAAGUGAAUAAAGUUUUAAAAUGA